AUGGCUGCCAUCGACCUACCACGGCUCUCCAGGCUCCUCAGGCUACCAGACAAAAACCGGUGUAUUGGAUACCAGGACAAGAAAACAAGCGAUGGCUCUUGUAUCAAUCCAGUCGAGAAACAUGGAGCAGAGCGAAUUAUCCGGUACUUCCUGACCGACCCGUUACCAGAAAAACAGCUCCACCGGGUGUUGAUGGAUAUCGCUUCUACCUCUCUCUGCGGUGACCAUCGUAAAGAUCAGGUCACCUAUAUUGCGAACAGAUGGGAAACUCGUAUCAGGAAGGGCUAUCCCGAGCUCAUAGAGCACGAUCCAGAUAUGCGCCUAGAUGCUAGUCCAGAGGGGGUUGCCAAGGAUCUCCAAACAACCAUACGGCGAGUGAAUGGCGCCAUUGCCGCCCUGGCAGAGCUCCAAGAGGAUAUGAAAGAUGUUGACGCAACCCUUGGGGACGUUCAACGUGCGUUGAAUGGUUUAAAGGGAAAUGAUCAGUCCAUCAAGAAUAAUGUUGGACUUCUGGAGAAGACCGUCAGCACAAUGAAGGACGAAUUCCGGAGGAAGCUAGGCCAGGUACAAAAGAACAUGGAGGAAAAGCUCAGAGAUGAGCUAGAAGCGUUGCAGGAAAACCAGUUUGACGUAUCUGAUGACGAUGAAGAGGAGGACGACGAUGAUGAUUUCGAGUCAAGACCAACAACAAAGUUAAGACAGACGGAGAUGGCAACGGCUCAAACACUGUUUUGAAAGGAGUGAAUUUGACUUAUAUGCCACUCUUCGCACUUGC